CGACUGCACGACUCGCGCUCGCGCGUCCAGAACAAGCUGUGCAGAGCUCGUGUUAAUUAAGCAGCGUCAACCGAAUGCGCGUGCGUCGAUUGAACCGCGGAACAAUUCGUCCGUUUCUGCUGGUCGCUCAGCUUGAGAUUUCAUCUGAACAUCUGAAAAUAAUCACCAGCAGAACAUGAGAUUCUCGCUCCGGUCAUCGCUAAUGACUCCGCGAAUAAUGAUCGAUUCUCGCGUGAACUGGAUGUGAAAAACAAAACAAACAAACAAACAAAAGUAUAUAUUUGAUUGUGCUCGCGCUCCUUCGACUCCUUCGCAGCAUGUCCCAUGCAGAAGUGGAGGUGUCUGGUCUCGGCUUUGCGAGUUUACCUGUUGAUCUGGACGCGGACUGUCUGUCCCGAGUGCCGCCGCUUCGAGCGCACGCGCUCAGCGCCAGGAGGAACUCGUACGUGCUUCACAAACUGGAGCUCGAGCCGCAGUUUUUCAGCGCGCCUUCAUCAUGGUCCGAAGAAAAUGUCUUAACCGAAGGACGGACGGAGGAAACCAAAGCUGUCGAGACGCCGCCAUCCCCGGCGUCUCCGCAGUCCUCACCGUCCAAAGCGCAGUGGGACGCCGCGGUUCCGGUGGCCGGUGCGCACGAGGCGAGCUCGGAUUCAGACACCGAGCCCACGAAGAGCAGCCCAAAGCUGGUCAAAAGACUCGAAAGCCGAUGGGAGCAAGAGGAGAAGGAGGACGUGGAGACCAAAGCCGUGGCUACGUCUCCCGAUGGCCGAUACCUGAAGUUUAACGUGGAGAUCGGCAGAGGCUCGUUUAAGACCGUGUAUAAGGGUCUGGACACGGAGACCACAGUGGAGGUGGCGUGGUGCGAGCUGCAGACAAGGAAACUGACCAAAGUGGAACGCCAGCGGUUCAGCGAGGAGGUGGAGAUGCUGAAGAACCUCCAGCACCCAAACAUUGUUCGCUUUUAUGACUCCUGGAAGUCCACAGUGAAAGGACACAAGUGCGUCCUGCUAGUCACAGAACUUAUGACCUCCGGCACCCUCAAAACGUACCUGAAACGCUUUAAGGAAAUGAAGCCUAAGCUUCUUCAGCGCUGGAGCCGUCAGAUACUAAAAGGGCUCCACUUCCUGCACACUCGAGCUCCUCCCAUCAUCCACAGAGACCUGAAAUGUGACAACAUCUUCAUUACGGGACCCACAGGGAGCGUGAAAAUUGGUGAUCUCGGACUUGCUACACUCAAAAGAGCAUCGUUUGCUAAGAGUGUAAUUGGAACACCAGAGUUUAUGGCUCCAGAGAUGUAUGAGGAGAAAUACGAUGAGGCGGUUGAUGUGUACGCAUUUGGGAUGUGCAUCUUAGAGAUGACUACAUCAGAAUACCCGUACUCAGAAUGCCAAAACGCGGCACAAAUCUACCGUAAAGUCACAAGUGGCGUGAAACCAGACAGCUUCUACAAGGUGAAAGUGCCUGAGCUGAAAGAGAUUAUAGAAGGAUGCAUACGUAUGAACAAAGAUGAAAGAUACACCAUUCAGGACCUGCUGGAGCACGUAUUCUUCCAGGAGCACAAUGGUGUGCGUGUGGAGCUGGCAGAAGAGGAUGACAUGGAGAAGUCCAGCCUGAAGCUCUGGCUGCGCAUGGAUGGCACCAAGAAGCUCCAUGGAAAGUACAAGGACAACAAUGCUAUCGAGUUCCUGUUCGAGCUCUACAAGGACGUGCCUGAAGAGGUGGCACAGGAGAUGGUGGUGCUGGGAUUUGUAUGCGAGGCUGACUACAAAUUGGUCGCCAAGGCAAUGCGGGACCGAGUGACAGCCAUCAAACGCCAACGCGAGAGACAGCGUCGGAUACGUGAGGAGGAGAAGAAGAAGCAGGAGGAGACCAUUGAGGAGGAACCCGAGUCACCUUUGCCGAAGCCCACUGGCCAAGUGCUUGAUAGCCCCGCCUCGUCCCCAGUGCAGAUCCCACCCACUCUGCCUCUUCAUGACCCUUCUGCUGUCUCUCCAGUUAUCUCCCCAGAUUGUGGGAUCAAUGAGGGCUUUUUACAAGAGCCAGAAGAACCAGAGGCUGACCAACACUUUCACAUCCGCCACACCAGCUAUUCUUCAAUUACAUCUGAUUGUGAGACAGACGGGUAUCUCAGUCCCUCUGGCUUUCAAGAUGGGCUUGAUGCUGCUAUAGGAAAUAUUUGCAGCCCUUCUACUCCACCCUCUAAUUUGGCCACACCCCCCAUCACACCCACCUCAACUCCACCAAUGCCGCUUCUCCGCUUUCCCUCAAGCAUUGCUGUAUGUAAUAAUAUCGACAAAAAAGUAUCAGGGCCUCCCAGUCCUUUCUCCUCGUCUGUGGACAGCUAUGCCUCGGAUGUGACCUCAGGUUUGAGUGACGGCUACGAGGGCCAAUCAGAGAGGUGCAGUAAGUCAGCUGGCCGACGGACAGCAGGGAGACUAUUCAAGAGAAGGGCCCGGUCCCGUCUGCGCAUUACAGGGCUAUCUGAUAAAGUGGACCGGGUGGUGGAGUGUCAGCUUCAGACACACAAUGAUAAAAUGGUCACCUUCAAAUUUGACCUCGAUGGUGACAACCCUGAAGACAUCGCUGCUGUUAUGGUGCGUAACGAGUUCAUCCUUCCCUCUGAGAGAGAUGGCUUUAUUCACCGAAUACGUGACAUCAUCAAGAAGGCAGAGUCUCUAAUGGGCAAAGAUUUGGCUGGGCAGCAGGUCAAACAAGAAGGCAUGCAUUUCCCACAGCAUACCCCUGCCAGCUCCAUUUCCUCAUCGCAGCCAAACCUGCACAAUCUUGCUCGGACACAUUCCACCUCCUCUCUGCCAGAGUCCCGUGGCUCAGUAGCAGGGCAGAACGGAGACAUUACAUCACCAGCACGUCCCCUCUUACGUUCACAGUCCUUCCAUAACACACUGGGAACUUCACGUCCAUUCCAUACCACGUACCCGUCCGAUCCCACCAUGUCCCUUUCAAAUCUUGGCCACAUCCCGCAGUUUCCAAUGCCCAUUAUGACCACCUCUGCUCAACUUCCCUAUUUGUACCCACCAAAUCCUGGCUCCCCCAAGACUGCUCAUCCCUCACGGUCACACUUCCCCAGUAACCCCUCCCACUUCAUGUCUGCCUCUUCUGGCCCUCAUGUCUCAGAUUCCACCAGCCCUAUUGCCGAUGGCAAUCCCAUGACCUCACACAUGCCCACCAUAUGGGCGCCGCAAACGCCUCCACUUUUCUCCUUGGCAAACAUGCUGUCCAUGGCCAUGAGCAUGGCUCAGUCCUUCAUCCCUCCCCCUAACCUGCCAACCCCUAUGGUGACACCCAUGCCCUCUCUUCCUGGCUUUCCUCCACACUUCAGCCAUGCUCUGCCACCCCAGGCUGGGUAUCCCAUGGCAUAUGCACCCCACUAUACACUGCCUGUGCAAGCAGAGGGCAUAUACCCACCAUGCAAUACAGAUGCCCAAAAUCUGAAUCGGGAUGCUAUGUACGGGUUUGCUCAAAGGACACAUUCCACAUUUACACAUGCACCUGGGAUGCCCACGCAAACAGAUUCUCAUGUGCAGCAAAUAUCCAGCAGUGUCUCACAGAAAGCGGUUCAGGGUAGUCUUCCUACACACAUCCAACACCACCCUACGGACUACUCUCUGCCACAUGUAUAUACUGAAGCUUUUCCCAGACCUUCACUGGACCAAACAAGCCUGUCCAGAUCAUCUUCCUCCGGACUGUCAUCUUCCCCAAGACCCAGUCCAGAGAGCAUGGUUUCUUCCUCCAGUCCAAGAUCCCUUUCCCCAUCGGCAGAACCAGACACUAGUACCAGUAUGUGUGAGCUCAGAGAAUCCCCUGUCAGCUCUGAGCCAAAACCAGUCGUUACAGUUGGGCGCUUCCAGGUUUCACCUACAAAGGAGAUCCCACCUCUCUCUUCACUUGCUGACAAAAGCCCCAACACUACUCCUGACCUGACACCAGUUGUUUCACCAGACAUGCCAACCAACAUUUCCAUUUGUUCCUCCCAUGAUAAUCAAACUAAAGGGCAAACAGGGUUAGACAAAAAUGAAGUCUCAUCCCUAACCACCACCUUCUCUCAGCACCUCCACAUAGAUGUUCCUCAAGCUCAACACUUCUCCUUGAAUGCUACUCAUGACCAAAGUCAAUCAUUGGGCCUUGAGCAGAAGUUGUUGUCUGAGGUGCCUCAUGAUGCUUUCGGCCUCCAUGAACAAUCUCAACAAGAUAGUAAAAUGACCUGGACUGAUGAGACCAAAGAAGAAGAGAAAGAAGAAGCACAGCAGAGUGGUGACGAGGAGCCAGACAAAGAUGACAAGGUCCAGGAGGAGCAGGAGCAGAGGAAGAAGAAAACCCGAAGGCUUGGAUCUGUACAGUCUCUGACUGGGACAUCAGUGGACAGCGGGCUUUGCGUCAUUGUGGAUCCAGAUGGGAGUCAGCGGGAAGGGAUUAUGGACAGUCCUCAAUGUCUUGUCCCUCACCACAACAUGUGGAUGAACUACAUACGCACCAAUUCCUACAUGAGCAGUGAUGAAUCUGAAAGUGAAGAUGAGGAGAUGUGGGAUGAGCUGCAGGAGCUGAGAGAGAAGCAUUUGUUUGAGGUGCAGACUCUGCAGGCGGUACAGAAGCGAGAAAUAGAGGAGCUCUAUGAGCGGAUGGGGAAAAUUCCUCCUCCAUGCAUCCUCUCACCAGCAACCAUGUUGUCCAGUCGGCAACGUCGGCUGUCUAAGGGAGGAGGCUUUCCUUCAUCUCGUCGCAACAGCCUUCAGAGACUGGAUAUUCUCCCUAUAACAGGGAUAAUAAGAAAGAAUUCUGUAAGUGGCGGCAGCAGCAGCAGCAGCAGUUCACAUGAACUACCUGCUAAAGGGGUGACCUUCACUUCUGACCUUACCAGAAUGGUAUGCUCCACCUAAAUAAUGCCUGUUGCAUGCAAGGUAAACAUCCAGUUGGCAGAACUAGAUUAGACUACCUCAUCCAGCACAUGCCUGCUGUUCUCUUACUCAUCCUACUGAGGACGAGAGUGUGUCAGCAGCACUUCCUGUUCAGACAGUUAUAGGGUCUCAGUCACUGUCCCAGAUUAUGCUAGCAGUGUCCCAACACUGUUAGUCUGCAACCCAAGGAAAACAUAUUCUUAACUCCAGAGCAUAAUACACACUGUGUCCUUGAAUACUAAAAUACGUGACCAUGCAUAAAGUUUUUGUUGUGUACAGUGCAGUGUACGUGCUACAAAUCAUGCUUUAAUAAAGACUAAAAUGAACUUCCACUACUGCCAUGUAAAAUCAUGCUGCUGUGAGGAUGCUGUUGUCGCUGCCGUUUCUGUGGUGAGCUCAGUGAUGUGAGAGUAACAUGAAUAUUUCUGAUAGCUCACCAGUGGCUCAUUAGUGACUCAGGCCUGGCCAUGUCCUUUGCACUUUUCUAAAAUAAACCGCCUGUAGAUGCAGCUGUCAGACCUGCUGAACAGGCAUGUGAUUCCUCUGGCUGUGUGUGUGUGUGUGUGUGUGUGUGUGGGGGGGGGGAGAGACAGAGAAUAACAGAAAGUCCACUGGACUGUGUAUCUCUCCUGAAUGUUUCCUGACUUUGUGCUGUAGUAAAUGUGACAUUACUCAAUAGACCUGAUCAAAGAAAACCAAUUUAACAUGACAUAAACCUGCUGCCUGAUAUACUGUAUACGUUAUGUAAAUGUGUAUUUUAGUUUCUGGGGUACAUUUUCUGCUAUAUGUAUGUUUUUUACCUUUCACUUUUUAUUACAUUAUUAAUGUGAAUCAAAACUGGAGGUAAUUAUCUGAUUGUUGUACAGUUGAAUUGUGAAUUGUAUACAAGCAUUAUAGUAGGUCAUUACUUACGAUAUUUUGAGAGAUUUUGAAGUAGUGCAGUUCUACUCUUUGCUUGUGUACAUAGAUGGAAAUACCUUUCUGGACAUACAUUCCCUGAUUAUAGAGAGAUAUGGAGGCUAGUAAUCGACCAAAAUGCACACAGCACUUCAUGCAUAGCCUAGAGUAAAUAGUUAUUGUUAUCUCUCCGAUGAUGUUUUAGCUCCUUUUGCUUUGAUGCACUUUGGUUUGAAGACCUUUCUGUAUUACUUGGGAAGUCAAAGCCAGAUCUUACCUGGUUAACAAAAAAAAUAUUUUUUUUUUUUCAUGGCUUUCAUGAAUAAAUAUUUUGUAAUCUAUGUCUUACCUAAAGGUAUAUGCUAACUUAAAUGACUUUAAAGGGAUAAAAAGCUUAUGUGAGGUUGUUUAAAUUUAAUUGUUUACCUUACUAUCCCUAUAUUAAUAAGAAUUAUUAAUAAUAAUUAAUCACAAACUGUGAAAUAACAUUUUGCCUUUAAAUAAGUAGUGAAUUAAAAAUAUAUGAUAAAAAUUUGUUUUACAGAAUGUGAUGUUUGCAAAGCUGCUAUACUGCCAUGCAUUGUCUUUUCUUUUUCCUCUUUUUUAUACCCAACAUGAAUUUGAAUAUACUUCCUGCUAAAAAUGUAUUUGUACAAUAAAACAUAAAUAAAAAAU